AUGGCUAUCUCCGACGUUAUGCUGUUAGCAUGUAGUAUCAUUUAUCUUUCUUUAAAUGCAUUACUUGCCGUGGAAGUUGAAAUGGAAGCUAUUAAUAUGAAAUUGGCUUGCCAAAUAAAUGCAUUUAUUAUUGGUUCAUCUUAUUUAACAUCUUCACAAACGUUUGCUGUAAUUAGUAUAGACCGGAGCAAAGUAGUAUUAUAUCUCAUUAUUGCUUCUAUAUGGACUAUUGCUUUGAUCUUAUCUCUUAGACUAUACUUGACUGUAGAUAGUCAUCCUAGAUUUCCUUAUCUGUGUGAUAUUAAGCCAGUCGAUGAUCAAAAUAAUUAUUCAAUGUCUGUAUAUCAUAUCGUUGCUGCUGUUGUAUCCUAUCCGAUUCCACAUCUAAUCGUGGUUAUUCUAUAUUUGAAAAUAAUUUACCGCAUGAAGUCAUCCUACGGAAGUAAUCCUGCAGUUUUUAGUAAUAGGCGUUAUCACCAUCAGAUUAAUGCCACGAAAAUGAUGAUAAUGGCAACUAGUUUAUUUAUAAUUAACGCACUGCUACUGUUUUUGAUAUGGGUAAAAGUAGCUAUCACCAGAAAAUCUCUAGCCGAAUUAAUUAUAGCUUAUGGUCGGCCUUUCGUCAUGCCUAUUGCAGUAUCAUUGUUUUUGGCUACUUUAACUGGUGUUCAGAAUGCAAUUACUUAUUUUUCUUAUAAUAAGGGCUUUCGUCUUGCUUUAAAAAUGUACCUGAUCGAUUCAGCAGCGUGCCGAUAA